UCAGAUUACUCGCAAACACUGCUCAGUCCACCCCCUCCUCAACGUCCGCCGCCGCUCUCCGACCAGUCCAUCGAUGACUGGCAAAGACAGAUCACUCAAGAUUUCAAUUUUAUUUAUGAUACUUUGCAACGAAAACACGACUCUUUAGACACUAAACAUAUAGGCAGUGAAUCUCACGAACAAAUGUCUGAGCCUUUCGAGCAAAUAACUGAUAGUAAUAGCGAUGAUAUACUAGUUUUACCGUUCAGUGAUCCCAAUGAACCCCUGUAUCAGUCGGACAGAGAGCAAGUAGUACUCAAUCCCAUCGACUUUACUGUUGAGAUGCCGACACCAGUAUCUCAGCACCAGUUCGAUGAACAGCACGUCAACAUCCACUUCAAGACACCUAUAAAUCAGCUUAAAAUGGAUGAUAUGAAUGGCGACGACUCUCAUCGAAAACAAAAAGAUUCAUUAAAUCGUUACUACGAAACCGAUUACCAGCGGACGGGCAAAGAGGACACAUAUAGUAUCCGAAGACACCAUUACUCGCCGACAACCCAUUCACCCGUUCAGUUGGAUAGAUAUGAUAAGGCGUACGCAGAAAAGGAAAAUAGGACUCAAUCACGAAAAAUGGGACGAGUUUUAUAUGACUUCCAGGCGUUGGCCACUCGCGAGCUCUCUGUUAAGAAAGGAGAUCUCGUAUUCAUUAAUAAACCUAAAGAUCAUAAUUGGGUCGAAGUUGAGGACUCAUAUAGUGGUCUAAUUGGUUUGGUUCCCCGGACUUACCUCGAUCUCGAACAAGAAGGCAUAGCGAAGGCUAAGUUCGACUUCACCGCCAAAACUCCAGUCGAGAUAUCGUUCAAAAAAGGCGAAAAGUUAACUCUAUUGCGAAGAGUGGAUGAGAACUGGUAUGAAGGAGUGAACGCCAGACAAGACGCCGGUAUAUUUCCCUGCAGUUACGUCGAGGCAAUCAAACAGCCGUUGGCACUUCGACCUAAUAAUCAGAUUCUAUCUCCGAUUCAGUCGCUGUCACCUCCGGAACACCUUUCGGGUCCUCAAAGGCCUGAAUCUCCUGUUUAUGUGAACAACGCUUCGAUGCCUAACAAAAGACACGAUUCUUCGACAUAUACUCGACAUGCGAUGAGAACUAAUGUUAAGCCCAUGUUAUAUAAAGUGUUGUAUCCCUACAAACCUCAACAGAUGGAUGAGUUAGAGCUACAACAGGGAGAUCUAUUGACAGUAACCAUGCAUUGCGAUGACGGCUGGUUUGUCGGCCGAUCGACCAUUUCGGGCAAAUUCGGUACAUUUCCGGGCAAUUAUGUCGAACAACUCUAAUGUCGAACAACUCUAAUGUCUUGUUUACUCAAAUCACUAAUACAUUAAUGAAUUGAUAAAUGUAUUAAACGCUAGUCUUUUUGAACAAAACUAAUUACAAUGAAUUAAUUUUUAAUUUCUAUUGGU